AUGCUCCCCAAGUCAUCCGCUUUGGCCUUGAUCGGCUUGCUGCUAUCAGGCAAUGUUUCCGCCGCAGCCAGUGAUGCCCAGGCUCCCCUCGCCGGGCCACACCGGGAUGCGCUGUCGUCAUCUUCCCGACCGAACAUCGUCUUCGUUCUCACCGACGACCAGGACCUUCACAUGAACUCUUUGGACUACAUCCCUCUCAUUCAGAAGCGCCUUGCUGAGCAGGGCACACUGUACAAGAAGCACUUCUGUACGACGGCAGUUUGCUGCCCCUCUCGAGCUAGUCUGUGGACUGGUAAACUGGCUCACAAUACGAAUGUGACUGAUCUCAACCCGCCAUACGGCGGGUUCCCGAUUUUUGUCAAGAAUGGCCACAACGAGAAUUACUUGCCGAUCUGGUUGCAGAAUGCCGGUUACAACACUUUCUACACCGGAAAGAUGUUCAAUGCCCACACGAUCUGGAAUUAUGACAGUCCUCACUUGAAGGGUUGGAACGGAUCUGACUUUCUUCUUGAUCCUAAUACCUACGAUUAUCUAAACGCGACGUUCCAGAGGAACACCGACAAGCCGAUUAAUCAUCUCGGAGAGUACUCUACCGAUUUGGUUGCCAAGAAAGCGUACGGAUUUCUUGACGAUGCCGUCGAAGCUGGCAAGCCAUUCUUCCUAGGUAUUGCGCCGAUUGCGCCUCACAGCAACGUGAACUCUAGUAUUCUGUUGCCUGUCAAAGGUCCGGAGGACAACGUUCCAGUCUCAGAUGACAAGUUUCGCACGAACUUCCCCAUAGCGGCCAAGAGACACGAGAAGCUCUUUUCCGACGCCAAGGUUCCUCGCACGGAGAACUUCAAUCCUGAUAAGCCAUCUGGGGCAGACUGGAUCCGUCGGCAACCCAAGCUGACGGACGAGAACGUGGAGUACAACGAUGAGCACUACCGCAGCCGCCUUCGUUCGCUUCAAGCUGUUGAUGAGCUCGUCGAUGGACUAGUUGACAGACUGGAAAAGCACGGUCUCCUCGACAACACUUAUAUCUUCUACACUACCGACAACGGAUACCAUAUCAGCCAGCACCGCUUGCAGCCCGGAAAGGAAUGUGGAUAUGAGACGGACAUCAAUAUUCCGCUCAUCGUUCGUGGCCCAAGCGUUCCUAAGGGGGUUGUCACAGAGGCCGUCACUGCCCAUGUUGAUCUUGUGCCAACGAUCCUUUCACUUGUCGGCGCGCCUCUGCGAGCCGACUUCGACGGCGCCCCCAUUCCGUUGUCUACCAAAGAACUCGCCGAGUCGCCUCUCACCCGCGAACAUGUCAACGUCGAGUACUGGGGCUGGGCCAUCACCGAGAGCAAGUUCGGAUUCAACGGCGACGACACCAAGCGAAUCUUCAACAACACUUACAAGGCACUGCGAGUUGUCGGAGAAGAUUAUAACUUGUACUACUCCGUGUGGUGUACCAACGAACAUGAGCUUUACGAUAUGACUACGGACCCUGGCCAGCUGCACAACCUCUUGCAUAAUGAUGAGGCCGCUCUGGCAGCACGAACUACAGUUCUUGGUCACUCUCUCGAUAAGCUCAUUCCAAGACUCGAUUCGUUAUUGUUCGUUCUCAAGUCAUGCAAGGGCUCAACUUGCUCUCAGCCGUGGAAGGCUCUUCAUCCCCAAGGGAACGUGGGCAGUUUGAAGGAGGCGCUUUCAUCUCGUUUUGAUGAGUUUUACAUCCAACAGGCGCGUGUUGAAUAUUCGCGCUGUGAGUUAGGGCAAAUCAUUGAUGCCGAGGGGCCUCAAUUCGAACACGAGGGCAACGUCUACUGGGAAGGGUCCAAGUGGAGCGAUUGGACUUGA